AUGGUCAAGUUGGCGCGCAGAGUCCGAUUACUCAACCAUACAACGUCACCAGCACUACCCACAAAUUUUUCGAACCUCCCGAAUGACAAAAUUCAAUCCGCAUGGAAGCAUUGGAUCGCCCUAGAGGAGAGAAAACGCGCUGUGCUCGGAAUCUUCAUCCUUGACGCCGAGUUGGCGAAGAUUCAUCAUCAUGAGCCCUGCCUACGACCUGCGACUGAACGUCUACCGAUCAUCUCAUCUGACGAGCUGUUUGCGGCAAGCAACGCAAAUGCGUGGAGGGAACUGGUUCUGCAACAGAAUCGGAGUUCAGUGAGCAGGCCGAUGAGGGAGCGAGGUCAUCAAGGGACGAGUGACUUCCAACUAUAUGCCACUCUUGAAUCUAUCAGUGCUAUGGCCUGUGAGUGUCAGGAACCCUUCUCAACUACUCCCCAUGAGGCCCAGAAGUGCCAGGAAAUGCUUCUAUCCUGGUACAAGACGCAUCUAUCUACUGCCGGUCCUGGUGAGGUCUGGGCAUAUCCAUUAAGGAUUCUCUGGCAUUCAACUUUCAUUCUCUUAUACUCGAAUCUCGACAUUCUUGAGCGAGCCUGUGGAAGAGACGGCCCUGAGGCAGCCCAAGAAGCCAUUGGAUACGCUCGGAAGUGGGCAAAUUCCCGGGAGGCGACCAGGUCUCUAAUACACGCCGUCUGCAUCAGAAAACACUUCGAAUCAAUGUCUAUUGGGUCCGAGUGUCCACUACAGAUUCCCACCUGCCUUUAUCACUGUGGAAUCAUCUGGUUUUGCUUUGGCCAUUUUGAAGAUAGUAGUCACGGAGCUCUCAUGGAACGCAACUUUCCAGAAUUGGAUAUGGCUGGAGUGAAUGUUGGCGAAAUCGAUGCGGCAGAAUUGCAGAACUCUCGAAUCGAGCAAAAGGCUGCAAACCAAGUCUUCGGGAUCGUCGGAUUGCUGCAGAGCAUACGCCAUUGGAAGCUAUCUUUGAGCCUUGCUUCAACAUUACUUGCGCUUAUCGAGGGGCAAGACAAUGUUUUCUAA